AUGGCAGGUGGAGGAGGUCAGCAGGAGGGGAGCAGGAGAUGGCAGGGUGGAGGAGGUCAGAUAGGUGGAGGAGGAGCAGGAGUGACAGGGUGGAGGAGGUCAGAUAGGUGGAGGAGGAGCGGAGGAGUGACAGGGUGGAGGAGGUCAGAUAGGUGGAGGAGGAGCAGGAGUGACAGGGUGGAGGAGAUAGGUGGAGGAGGAGCAGGAGUGGCCAGGGUGGAGGAGGAGCAGGAGUGGCAGGGUGGAGGAGGUCAGAUUGAGGUGGAGGAUGAGGAGCAGGAGUGGCAGGGUCGAGGAGGCUGUGGGGGUGGGGGUGUGAUGUGGUCAGCUGUGGGGGUGGUGAGGGGUGAUGUGGUCAGCUGUGGGGGUGGGGGUGAUGUGGUCAGCUGUGGGGGUGGGGGUGAUGUGGUCAGCUGUGGGGGUGGGGGUGAUGUGGUCAGCUGUGGGGGUGGGGGUGUGAUGUGGUCAGCUGUGGGGUGUGGGGGUGAUGGGGUCAGCUGUGGGGGUGGGGGUGAUGGGGUCAGCUGUGGGGGUGGGGGUGAUGUGGUCAGCUGUGGGGGUGGGGGUGAUGUGGUCAGCUGUGGGGUUGGGGGGUGA